AUGACUCAGCAGGAGUUGAAUCUUAGGCAGCAUUGUUGGAUUAAGUUGCUUAAGGAUUAUGAUUGUUCGACUGAGUACCAUCCCGGUAAGGGCAACAUGGUGGCCGAUGCACUUAGUCAAAGAUCCAUGAAUAAUUUGGGGACGAUGUUUGCUCGCCUAAGUUUAUUUGAUGAUGGUGAGAUUCUAGCCGAGUUGCAGGUUAAGCAGUCUUUGUUGGAUGAGAUUAAAAGUAAUCAACUUUUGGAUGAAUCUUUGAUUAGUCAGAAAGUGCAUAGUAGCUCUCGUGCUAUACAUCCUGGUGGUGAUAAGAUGUAUCGUGACCUCUAUGACUUGUAUUGGUGGCCUGGGCUAAAAUGUGAGGUGACUAUGGAUUUCAUUAGUGGGUUGCCUUCAACACCCACUAAGAAGGAUUCGGAUUGGAUGUUGGUGAAGCUUUAUGUUUCUGAGAUUGUCAAACUUCAUGGGGUUCCAAUAUCUAUCAUUUCGAAUUGGGAUCCUCGUUUUACUUCCUGUUUUUAG